AUGAGUUUGAAUGCCACUGUUAUUAAUAUACCUUUUCUUAAAAACAAACUUGCUGACACUUGGGUGCAAUAUUUCAGGAAUAAGUUCAUAAAUUCUGCUCGGGACCUCCCUGAAAUCAUUCUAAUAUUGUCCUUGGUCUGCACAGUUGGAGCAUUUUUGAACUUACACUUGAAAGACUUUCCAGUUCCUCUCCCUGUGAUAUUAUUUGUAAUUGGAUGCAGUUUUGAAAUAUUAAGUUUUACAUCAGACCAGAUCCAAAGAUAUGUAGAUGCCAUACAAUGGAUAAAUCCACGUCUUUAUUUUGAUUUGUUUAUGCCAGUAGUUUUCUUCAAUGUUGCAUUUGACAUGGAUGUUUACAUGCUCUACAAGUUAUUUUGGCAGAUACUUCUAAUUACAAUUCCUGGUCUUUUGAUAAAUUACUCCUCAAUUCUUUGGUAUCUGGCAUCGGUGAAUAAAUUAAAAUUGAAAAGCACCCCGUGGUUAUUAUUUUCAGCUAUCCUUGUGUGUUCAGAUCCCAUGCUGACUGCAGCUUCUAUAAGAAACCUUGGUCUUUCUAGAGACCUCAUCAGUUUAAUUAAUGGAGAAAGUCUGAUGACCUCUGUAAUAUCUUUUAUUAUGUUUCAUAGUAUUUUGGAUAUUAACACCAGCCUGAAAAAUAAUAACAAUUCCUUAGUCCAGAAAGUUGUGGAUGAAAUAUGGACAUAUUAUGUAGCAAGUUUUUUAUUUGGAAUUCUAAGUUCAAAACUGAUUCAACUGUGGAUGUCUGCUGUUUUUGGUGAUGAUGUCAAUCACAUAAGUCUCAGCUUUUCGGUUUUGUACCUCAUCUUUUUUAUUUGUGAACUAGCUGGAAUGUCUGGAAUAUUCACAAUGGUCAUUAUGGGACUUUUUUUAAAUUCUACAAGUUUUAAACCAGGAGUUGAAGAGUUGCUUCUGGUAUUCUGGAAUUGUCUGUCAUUUGUUGCUUUUCUCAUGGUGUUUACUUUCACUGGACUUCUAAUUCCUGCACAUACAUAUUUAUAUAUAUCAUUUUCUGAUAUAUAUUAUUCAUUAAAUAUCUACUUCACACUUGCUGUUAUAAGACUUCUGGUCAUUCUAUGUAUGAGCCCUCUUUUGUCUCGACUUGGUGACGGGUUCAACUGGCGCUGGGCAUUCAUAAUGGUCUGGAGUGAAAUGAGAGGGAUGCCUAAUAUAACCAUGGCCCUUCUGUUUGCUUACUCUGACCUUUCUCUGGCAUCUGAGAAGGAAAGAUUGCAAGUAUUAUUUCAUUCAGUGUCAGUGUGCAUGCUUACCCUGAUGAUCAAUAAAAUUAUUUUGCCAGUGGCAACUAAUAAACUAGGACUUCAUGAUGUCACGUCAACAAAAUAUAAAUCACUUCAUUAUACAUUUCAACACUUUCAAGAGAUAACCAAGUCUGCAGCCUCUGCACUCAAAUUUGACAAAGAUCUUGCUAAUGCAGAUUGGAGCAUGGUUGAGAAAGCAAUUUUACUUCAAAACCCAUAUGCAGUAAGCAAGAAAUUCUGUUUUUCCAAAGCCAGCUACCAGAGACAAUACAGACAUGAGACUCUAUCCCAGAGUGCAGUCCAGAUGCUGGUAGGUGCAGCAGAAAGCUUUGGUGAGAAACGAGAAUAUAUGAAUCCUGAGACAUUAAAGAAUUAUUCUGAAAGCAAAAAAUUUCUUACCUUUAUUAGAAAAGUAUUUCUCAAUUGGGUAUAUAAUACUAAAAAGGAAAAAGGGAUCCUAUCAAG